AUGGCUUCGACGAGCUCCGAUCCACAAUCGUCCAUUGCUCAGAAAACAUGGGUGAUGUCGAAUAACAUAGAAACCGUCUCUAGUGUGGACGAUAUAUAUCGAUAUGAUAAAAAACAGCAGCAGGAUAUACUUGCUGCAAAACCGUGGGACAAAGAUCCACAUUUCUUCAAAGACAUUAAAAUAUCUGCUUUAGCGUUAUUAAAAAUGGUGAUGCACGCACGGUCUGGAGGCACCCUCGAAGUUAUGGGACUUCUUUUAGGUAAAGUAGAUGCAAAUACUAUGAUAGUAAUGGACUCGUUCGCAUUGCCUGUGGAAGGUACAGAAACCCGAGUGAAUGCUCAAGCUCAAGCUUAUGAGUACAUGACUGCUUAUAUCGAGGCAGCCAAACAGGUUGGUCGACAUGAAAAUGCCAUUGGUUGGUACCACAGCCAUCCAGGCUAUGGUUGUUGGCUGUCAGGAAUUGAUGUCUCCACUCAAAUGCUUAACCAGAACUUUCAAGAACCCUUUGUGGCUAUUGUUAUUGACCCAGUAAGAACUAUUUCUGCUGGUAAAGUGUGCCUGGGUGCUUUUAGGACUUAUCCCAAGGGCUACAAACCAGCCAAUGAAGAACCAUCAGAAUACCAGACAAUCCCGCUCAAUAAGAUUGAAGACUUUGGUGUGCACUGCAAGCAAUAUUACUCCCUUGAAGUUUCUUACUUCAAAUCUUCAUUAGACCGCAGGCUUUUAGACUCCUUGUGGAAUAAAUACUGGGUAAACACUUUGAGCAGUUCCAGCCUGAUCACCAAUGCUGAUUAUACAACAGGCCAAAUUUAUGAUUUGUCUGAUAAGUUGGAACAGAGUGAAGUUUGUUUAGGUCGCGGUGGCUUCUUAGUGGCUGGUGCGGAUCCUAUUGAGAAGCGCACUGAGGACAAGCUGGGGAAGGCGACCAAGGACGCCUGCAAGACCACCAUUGAAGUAAUCCACGGCCUCAUGGCGCAGAUGAUCAAGGAUCGCCUGUUUAACAGCGUCAGUGGCCGACCAGCGCCCCCCACACCCAUGAUUGAGUGA